AUGUCAGAGCAGAUACUGGCCAAGGCUGGGGCUGCUGGGACACUAGAAGACAUCUGUCACGAUUAUCAGUCUUCACUGGAAGACCUGAAUUUCAAUAGCAAACCGCACAUCAAUAUGCUGACCAUUGUAGCUGAGGAGAACCUGCCCUUAGCCAAGGAAACCAUCUCUGUCAUUGAGGCCCAAAAGGCCAAGGCUCCUUCCUCAGAGAAACUUCCUCUUAUGUACCUUAUGACUUCUAUUGUGAAAAAUGUUGGAAAAGAGUAUCUCACUGCCUUUACUAAAAAUCUAGUUGCAACAUUUACUUGUGUGUUUGAAAAGGUGGAUGGAAAUACAAGAAAAAGAUUAUUUAAAUUACGUUUCACGUGGGAUAAAAUAUUCCCCUUGAAGAAACUUUAUGACUUGGAUGUCAGAGUCAAUUCAAUAGAUCCUGCUUGGCCUAUUAAACCUCUGCUGCCUAAUGUGAAGACAUGUAGCAUCCACGUGAAUCUGAAUUUUUUAAAUAAAUCACCUGAGGAGCCUUCAGCACCUGGUACAGUGGUCAGCUCCCCCAGUAUUUCCACUCCUCCAAUUGUACCUGACAUACAAAAGAAUCUUACUCAAGAACAACUAAUAAGGCAAGAGAUACUUGAAAAACAAAAACAGUUGUUAGAACUUCAGCAGAAAAACCUGGAGCUUCAGAAGGAAAAAGAUGAGCAAAUGAAAUCAUCUGAACACAGGCUGAUUGGAGGUGGAAGUCAAAUCAUAAAUGGCAUUGUGCAAAAACAGGACAUGGUUACACAAGAAUUGGGAAAACAGGGAACAAAACCAGGGAGGUCAAGCACUCAAAAGAGAUCAAGAUCGAGGUCACCUAAGUCUUGGUCACCCAAAGGAAGGCAAAGAAGUAUGUUUUCAACUUUGUCCUCCAAAGCUGGAAAGAUGCAACAGUCAGGACUUACACAGUCACAUAUGGAAGAGUUCCCAGCACCUUCGAGGGAAGAAAGAAAUGUUAAAAGAAGUACUAAGCAGGAUGUUCAAGUUCCCAGACUGCUGAAAAACAUGCAUGAAGAUCAGCCUCAAGAAACUGCAAGUAAACAUUCUAUGAAGUCAGAUGCUGAGCCAAAAGAGAAUAUAGAGAAUUGGCAAAGCUCCAAGUUGGCCAAAAGAAGAAAAUCUGGUUGGGAAGAAAGUCAAAGCUUCCAACAGUGUGAUGACCAGAGUAAAGCACCUCAUCUAAGGCAUGAGGAGAGCUGGUCAAGCACUAAAGGAAUCUUGUCACCUGGAAGCCCAAAGCAGCACUAUCGACCAAGGGUAGAUGCCAAUCUUCAGAUUCCUAAAGAGAUAAGUCUGGCAAGAAAGAGAGAAUUCCUUCAAAGGACAAGUGAACGAUUAGCUUCUGGGGAAAUUUCACAUGCUGAGUUCCUUGUUGUUGUGCAUAAAAUUCAACAGCUCUUUCAGUAUCAACAAGGUGGAGGAGAGGAGCAGAGAUCUCCAUUCAAUGAUGGAUUUCCACUUAAGCGACCUAGAUAUGAAGAUUCAGACAAACCAUUUAUAGAUGGCUCAGCAUCAAGAUUUGCUGCCCUUAAUACAAAUCAGUGGCUUACAGCUUUAGUUGAAGAGGGACCAUUAUUUGAUGGGCCUGGUAGGCCAUCUGUGAGAAGAGAUGGCCCAGCCAAGAUGAUUUUUGAAGGACCUAGCAAAUUAAGCCCUAGAAUUGAUGGACCUCCUACACCAGGUUCUGUUCGGUUUGAUGUGUCACCAGGACAAAUGGGGGGAGGAAGCCCAAUGAGAUUCGAAGCACCACAUGGUCAGUUAGGAGGUGGGUGCCCUUUGAGAUUUGAAGUUUCUCGAGGACCAGUAGCAACACCUCUGUGGUUUGAAAAGACAAUUGUUCGAGGAAGUGGUGGAGGUGGAGGAGGAGGCGGCGGUGGCGGCAGUUUUCGAUUUGAAAGUUCACCUAGUGUGAGUUUUAAGGGAUCUACAGGUGGUUUGGGAUUUGAAGGACCUGGGGGUAAGCCUGUGGGUGGUCUGAGGUCUGAAGGCCCUCAUCGACAGCCUGUGGGCAUUCUUAGAUUUGAUAAUCCUCGAUGUCAGCCUGUAGAUAGACUUAUAAUUGAGGGGGGUCAUGGUCCAUCAGGGGCAGCAAUUAGGUUUGAUGGUCCUGAUGGUAAGCCAGGUGGUACUAUCAGAUUUGAGGACCCUUUGCUACAGCAAGCUGCUGGAAUGAGGUUUCAGGGUCCCCAGGGUCAGUCUGUAGCUGGUCUGAGAUUGGAAGGAUAUAAUCAACUAGGUGGGAACCCUAUUUCUGAGGGACCACAUGGCCAACCAGGUGUUGGGAUCAGGUUUGAAGGACCUUUAGUACAAAAGGGAGGUGGAAUGAGGUUUGAGGGUCCUGAACCAGGAGGUGGCCUGAGAAUUGAAUCACCUCUGGGUCAAGGUGGUCCACGAUUUGAAGGUUGUCACUCUUUAAGAUUUGAUGGACAACCAGGUCUGCCAUCACUUUUGCCAAAAUUUGGUGGAACACAAGGCCAGCCAGGUCCUAGAUUGGAAAGAACUCUUCAGCCAGGUCCACAGAGAUUUGCUGGGCCACGUGGACAGCAGGUUCAACUGAGAUUUGGUAGUGUACCUCAAAGAUUUCAUGGACCACAACAGGAGCAAGCAUCAAGAUCUGAUAUUCCAGCCGGUCUGCAAGGUCACCAACAAGACAAUCAUUGUUCACAAUGGCUUGAAUCUUUCAAUCAGACUGGCCCAUAUAAUGACCCACCUGUCAAUGCUUUGAAUGUUCCAUCUCAAGGACUACAGUUCCAAAAACAUGCACAAAUACUUGAUACACCUCAAGGACCAAAUUUUAAUGGACCUCAAAGCCGUGAAAACCAGAAUUUCCCAAAUGCCCUUACCAGAGCUUCAGGACACUCUUUUGAUGAAAAGAAUCUUCAGAAUUCUCAGUUGGGAAACUUGGGCAAUUUACCUAGUCCAAUGUCAGGAGGAGAUGUUCAGCCAUCUCAACAGGUUCUGACUGGUAUUCCUCAGCCAGUAGCAUUUGGCCAAGGACAACAAUUGUUACCAGUUCAUGCACAGAAUGCAGGAACUUUUAUUCAAAAUCCUUCAGGAGGUCUUCCUAAGGCCUAUCCUGAUCAUCAUCUCAGUGAGGUGGAUGUAAAUGAAUUGUUUUCAAAACUGGUAAAAACAGGAAUUCUCAAAUGGUCACCGCCUGAUUCAGCUAUAACCCAGGUAAAUGAGGUUGAUGCUCAGCGUCCCCCUGAAGAGGGGAAGGAUCAGAAUGAAGAUCAAGAUGCUCCAGAUCUCACUCAUUUUAAAACUGAAGAAUUGAAACGUUAUGACAGUUUCAUACACCUGCUGUACACUGGGAUUCAGUGUUCUUCUUGUGGAAUGAGGUUUCCGACAUCCCAGAGAGAUGUUUAUGCAGAUCACUUGGACUGGCAUUAUCGGCAAAAUAGAAGUGAGAAAGAUGUUAGCAGAAAAGUCACUCAUAAGCAUUGCUACUACAGUUUAACAGACUGGAUAGAAUUUGAAGAAGUAGAUCAUCUGGAAGAACGCAGAAAAAGCCAGUUUUUUGAACUGGUUCAUGAAGAGGUUGUCCUCAAAACUCAGGAGGCUGCUAAAGAAAAGGAGUUCCACAGUGUCCCUGCUGGACCAGCUGGAGCACUUGAGAGUUGUAAAAUCUGUCAAGAACAAUUUGAACAGUCCUGGGAUAGAGAAGAGGAGGAAUGGCACUUAAAAAAUGCUAUUGGAGUAGACGGAAAGAUUUACCAUCCAUCGUGUUAUGCAGGUGACCAAAAUACAUCUUCUUUUGCUUGUACACCAUCUGCCAUCAAGAUGCCAGUUGAAAACCCUUCUAACGUUAUGUUGAACAUUGUCAAAAAUGAAUUGCAAGAACCCUGUGAAAGUCCCAAAGUUAAGGAAGAAACAAUUGAUGCCCCACCAGCCUGUUCAGAAGAAAGUGUAGCAACAACCACUGACAUUAAAACAGAAAAUGAUACAGUUGAGUCAGUUUAA